AUGAGAAGCUUGAGAAAUUUAAGAAAGCUUUAUCUAAGUGAUAUAGUCACUAUAAAAGGAAGCAGCAUGCUAUUAGAGUCAUUGGGAGCAUUGGCCCACCUAGAGAUCUUGGAUCUAAGUGGGAGUACCUUUGAAGGGGCAACAUUAUCACUGGGAGCAUCCACCAAUCUCAAGACCCUACGUAUGAGCUCGGUUGAUUUAAAAGGGACGAGAUUUGCUCAAGUCUCUAAUCUCACCAAUUUGAGAGAGUUAUAUUUAGAUGACUCUUCGGUGGAUGGAAACUUCCUCCAAAGUCUGGAAACACUUCCUUUACUUGAAACAUUAUUAAUGCAGAGCUGUAAAUUUAGUGGCAUCAUACCUGUGAACCAAGGCUCUAAUCUCACCAAUUUGAGAGAGUUAUAUCUAGACCACUCUUCUGUGCAUGAAAACUUACUCCAAAGUCUUGAAGCACUUCCUUCCCUUGAAACAUUAUCAAUGCAGGACUGUGAACUUAGUGGCAUCAUACCUGUGAACCAAGGUAUUUGCAAAUUGAAGCAUCUCCAAAUGCUAGACAUUAGCCACAACGAUCUCAGUGGUAACUUACUUUUGUGUCUAGCAAAUUUGACUUCUCUUCGACAAUUAGACCUCUCUUUCAAUCACUUCAUUGGAAACUUCUCUUCAUCUCCACUUGGGGGUUUAACAAACCUCGAACAUCUAUCACUCUCAAACAAUCUUUUUCAAAUUCCAAUCUCAUUAAGUCCAUUUUUCAACCAUUCAAAACUCAAGUACAUAGAAAGUAGGGGUAACAAAAUAUUUGCAGAAACAGAUGAUCAGUACUUGAAUCCAAGGUUUCAAUUAGAGAGUUUUGUUUUAUCUGAUGGUGGAUAUCAUGGAGUAUUCCCCAAAUUCCUUUAUCACCAGCAUAACCUACAAGUUGUUGAUCUAUCACACAAUCAAAUGAGAGAAGGUUUUCCAUCUUGGUUGUUACAGAAUAACACAAAAUUGGAAGAACUUUACUUAAUCAACAAUUCUCUCUCAGGGCCUCUCAAAUUACCAAUUCAUUCUCAUAUGAAUUUGUCAUGGUUGGAUAUCUCAAACAAUUUCUUCCAAGGCUUCAUCAUACCAGAGAUAGGAACAUGUCUGCCAAGAUUGACACAUCUAAACAUGUCGGGAAAUGGUUUCAGUGGUAGCAUUCCUUCUUCACUUGGAAAUAUGAGCUUGUUGGAAUAUUUAGACUUAUCCAACAAUAAAUUGUCAGGUAAUAUACCAGAGGACUUAACCAUUGGUUGUGUCUCAUUGCAAGAACUCAUACUUUCAAACAACAGUUUGCAAGGCCAAAUAUUUUCUGAAACCUCUAACUUAAGGUUUCUGUAUGAGUUACAAUUGGAUGGCAAUCAAUUCACUGGCAGCAUUCCACAUAGCUUGUCUAACAGCUCCUUUUUACAAGUGUUGGAUCUUUCAAUGAAUAAUAUCUCAGGAAGUCUACCAUCUAACUUUUGCCCUUCAAAUAUACAAGAGAUUUUUUUGUCUAGAAGUGGGCUACAAGGGUCAUUGGAGGAUGCAUUUUAUGGUUGCUCUGAGUUAAUUGUGUUAGAUUUGGGCCAUAAUAAUAUGACUGGAAGCAUUCCAUCAUGGAUUGGAAAAUUUUCUCAAUUGAGGUACCUAAUCUUGGGGCAUAACUAUAUUGAUGGGGAAAUCCCAGUUCAAUUGUGCAACUUGAAACAAUUAAGUUUGCUUGAUCUUUCUCAUAAUCAUCUUUUGGGUCCUAUUCUCCCUUGCCUAAGAUCUACAAGCAACAGAACUAGGAAGCAAGGAGAUUCAUAUACUGCUCCUGCUCCUCCUGUUCCUACUAAUGAACCUUUGGAAUUCACAACAAAGAGUACAUCCUAUUCUUACCAAGGAAGAAUGCUAUCUUACAUCUCUGGAAUUGAUCUCUCGUGCAACCAUUUGACAGGCCAAAUUCCUAUUGAAAUUGGGUACCUCAAUGAGAUCCAGGUACUAAAUUUGUCUCACAACAGUUUGACAGGAAAAAUCCCAGCAUCAUUUUCCAACUUGCGCCAAAUUGAGAGCUUAGAUCUGUCAUACAACAACUUGGAAGGGAACAUCCCUCCUCAGCUUACUGAGUUAACUUUUUUGGAAGUUUUCAAUGUGUCAUAUAAUAAUUUAUCUGGCAGGACACUUGACAAGGUUGCACAAUUUGGGACAUUUGAUGAAAGCAGUUAUCGAGGAAAUCCUUUUCUCUGUGGAUGGCCACUGCCAAGAAAUUGUACUGAAAUGGUAUCACCUCCAUCAAAAUCAAGAACUUCAAUUGAGAAUGAAGAAAGCAAUGGCUUCAUGGACAUGGGUGUUUUCUACAUAAGUUUUGGGGUAGCUUACAGUGUGGUGUUGUUGACAAUAGCUGCAGUUCUAUACAUAAAUCCGUACUGGCGACGAGUAUGGUUUUACUUCAUUGAGGUGAGUAUAGAGAAUUGCUAUUAUUUUAUAAUAGACAAUCUUGCAGUUUUAUCCAAAUUUAGAUUUUGUAUCUUACGCAGAUGAAUUCAGCUUGAAAGU